AUGCCGAGGAAGAGAAGAAUCAUUUUCUCAGAAAAUGAAGCAACACAGACACAAGAAGAUAGAUGCACAAGCAUCAUUUCUGAAACUGUCGCAGAGAAUGUUUAUCAGCGAAAGAGUGCUAGGUUCAAAGCUAUUGAGAUUGGUAACCAAAACAUUAGCAAUGAAACCACUACACAAAUAUCAAUUGGAAAAUCCAGUAAUAGAAAGCACAAAACAGAAAAAGUUAUCAUGAAUCCAAAUAAUAUUAGGAUCAAUGACCAACCUUCUCGCUCAACAGGUCUUGAAAUCAAAUAUAAAGAUUUUCAAUUCAAUUAUGAUUUUAAUAAUGACGAAAUUCAUGAUGAUAGCGAACACUCCAAUGGACAAUCUGGAGAUGAAUUAGACACCAUACAAAAUCAUAACACUGAGGAUAAUCAAAAGGAAGGCAUUGCACCAGAAUAUAUAGAUGAAGGAGAUCCUACUGAGAUAUGCAUAUUUUGUGGAGCUGAACUAUGGUUGAAUGAGCGUGUCAAAAAAGACACAUUUAGAAGAACCAUGGAAUUCUCAAUUUGUUGCCUUAAGGGCAAGGUUGUAUUACCAACCAUACAUCCACCGCCACCAAUGUUAGAGAGACUAUUCUUUGACAAGAAGUCUAUGCAUUCAAAGGAUUUCUUAGCAAAUAUAAGACAAUACAACAACAUGUUUUCAUUUACAUCUAUGGGUGGAAAGAUCAACCAUUCAAUUAACUCUGGUGGUGGUCCUUAUUCUUUUAUAUUGUCUGGAAUGAAUUACCACAUGAUUGGAAGUUUACUACCCUUGGAAGGAGCUAGACCUGUGUACUCACAACUAUACAUUUAUGAUACUGAAAAUGAAGUUACAAAUAGAAUAGCUGCAGUAAGCAACCAUCAUACAGGUUUGAAGAUUGAUCAUGUUAUAGUUCAUCUUCUUAAAGAUGUCUUAGAUGAGUUCAAUCCUUUUGUGAAGCAAUACCGAAUGGCCUCGUCACUAAUCAAAAACCAUGCCUAUAAUGAAUUGAAGUUAUGCUUGAUUGGUACAAGGCAGCAUGAUGGUCGUAACUACAAUCUUCCGUCUGCCUCUGAAGUUGCAGCAUUAGUCGUCGGCGAUAUAGACAUGUCAUUCGGUAGGAGAGAUAUUAUCAUAGAAGAAUUAUCAGGAUCUCCUCAACGUAUUAGUGAAUUGCAUGCAUCUUAUCUUCCUCUUCAAUAUCCUAUUCUAUUCCCAUUUGGUGAGGAUGGAUAUAGGGAUGAUAUUGAUCAUCGAGAGGAAACAUUGACUAGAACAAAGAAGAAAAAGAAAGUCAGCAUGCGAGAAUACUUCUCUUACAGACUUAUGUCCCAUCAAAAUGAGGUAUCAAUAUUACUUCAUGCCCGUAGAUUAUUACAGCAGUUCAUUGUAGAUGGAUAUACAAUGAUUGAAUCACAAAGACUAUUAUGGGUCAGGACUCAUCAAAAGGAGCUUAGAGUUGAUUUGUAUCAAGGGUUGUCAGAUGCAUUGAUCAAUGGAGAAAGAAAUGCAAGUGCAACUGGAAGGCGAAUUAUUUUGCCAUCUUCUUUUACAGGAGGAGCAAGAUACAUGCUUCAAAAUUAUCAAGAUGCUAUGGCUAUUUGUCGUUGGGCAGGAUAUCCAGAUAUAUUUCUUACUUUCACUUGCAAUCCAGCAUGGCCAGAAAUUACUAGGUUUUGUGAUCGAAAUUUUAUAUCUCCAUCAGAUCGGCCAGAUAUAUUAUCUAGGGUAUUCAAAUUGAAGUUGAAAUCGAUGAUGAAGACAAUUAAAGAAAAGAAAAUUUUUGGAACUAUACGUGCAGAGGUAUAUACUAUUGAAUUUCAGAAGAGGGGUUUACCUCAUGCCCAUAUACUUUUGUUCCUUGACAAGCAUGAUAAAAUCAAUGACUCGGAUGGUGUCGACAGGGUAAUCUUUGCAGAAAUCCCAGAUAAGCAUACCUCGCCAAAAUUGUAUGAUUUGGUCAAGAGAUUUAUGAUGCAUGGUCCAUGUGGUACAAGCAAUCCUAAGUCACCGUGCAUGAAGGAUAAGAAAUGCAGUAAAUAUUUCCCUAAAAAAUUCAACAACCAAACAGUGAUUGAUGAAGAUGGAUACCCUACAUAUAAAAGAAGAAAUGAUGGGAGAGAUAUUGAAGUAAAGGGUAUUCAUUUAGACAAUAGAUUUGUUGUCCCAUAUAACUCUGUCCUUCUUACCAUGUUUCAAGCUCAUAUCAAUGUUGAGAAAUGCAAUCAUUCCACUUCUAUCAAGUACUUAUUUAAGUACAUCAGCAAAGGAAAUGAUAGAGUGGUGGCAACAAUAUAUGACAACAGUGACGAGAUUCAGCAGUAUUAUAACUGUAGAUAUAUUUCUGCUUGUGAGGGAUCCUGGCGUAUAUUUGGAUUUGACAUCCACCACAGACAUCCUUCUGUUGAAAGACUAAGUUUUCAUUUACCAAAUCAGCAACCUAUAGUUUACUCAAAUACAGACGACGUGGCAGAGUUGUUAGAUAAGCCAAGAGAAUAA